CUAAUGUUAACCGCACGUUGUUAUUUCAGUGUCUAGUUUGAUUUGAAUUGCUGAUAUUUAAUUUCCUUUUUAUCUUUAUUUUCUCUCCGUGAUUAAGGACUGACUCUUAUCUAUUUUAAUAAUUAUGUAAAUAUUUUACGGAGGUCAUUUCGUUCAUAGUUUAUUAUUAUCAUCAGUGAACCCUUUGAAUGUAAACAUUAAGAAAGUGAGUGUAUAUUUUUCUCGAAUGGAUUGCUUCUCGACAUGACGCCUAUCUCACCUUUAUAAUUUACCUAAAUACUGAUUAUGGAUCAACUUGAUCGCCCAUUAACAUUUGCCCUUGGUUUAGCCUUUGGUAUCGCAGCUUCAUCGAUAACACUUUACAUUUUAAGUAAAGAAACUGAAGAGGAGGUCGCUCAUUUAGUCGAACCAUUAACCAUCACUACCAGAGAGAGUAAAGAAACUCAGACUAUUCCAGCCAAUGAACCAAAGCUUUCACUUGAUUUACUAAAUGGUUUUCCUGAAGCUAAUGGGGAUGAUGAGAACGAUGCUGCAACCCUUAGAUCCCCUUCACCGACAAACACUUUUUGUUCAUCAGCAACUUAUCCAUCGGCCUAUUUUGAUGCUGAUGAUUCUGUCUCAUUUUAUCGUCUGUUCACUGAAGCACAGGAUAAUCUCAAAUCAAUUCAACCUCCCCGAGUGAUCCGAUGCACGCAAUUGGGGUGCUCAAGCAAUGCCGAGUUUAUUGCAAAAGUACACUGCCUUCGAUUGGCUUUUGCUGCUAUUCUAGAUAAUGACACAAAUAGAAAUCAUUUUGUUAACAUUGGUAGAGAUAUUUUAGAAAUGUUAUCGAUUGGACGUUCUUACGAUAUUUCUGACUGUAUGAAAGCGUACGAUAGUUUAAUAGAUUAUGUGUCAGACGUCAAUAACCAUGAAGACAUUCGCCAUGAAUUGGAAGCUCGAGGUAUACCUUGUCUUUCUUUUUAUGAUAUUGUUUUGGACUACAUCAUUUUGGAUUCGUUUGAUGACUUGGAAGAUCCACCAUCUACAAUUAUCAGUGUGGCUCAAAAUUCUUGGAUGUCCUGCAGCUUCCGAGAAACUGCGUUAAGAACUGCUGUGAUGACUUUACUUAAAAUGAAAAGAGCCAAAUUGAUGUAUGAGAAGGGCUUUUUUGCCAAUUUCUACAACAUUCUAGAUUACAUUCUUCCCGUUCUGAUUUGGGGAUUUCUUGGUAGUGAUCAAAAUUUGAAUUUCAAGUGUACUCUCAUCAAGACGACACUGUUAAACGCAGUUAAGGACUAUUUCAACUUUGAUUGUGUUCGAUAUACAAAUUUGAAAGAUCUCAGUUGUGAUAUUUUGAGAAUUACAAAUGAAUAUUAUGAGCAACUCAAAGAUCAAUUGAUCGAUUAGAUUUAAAUUAUUGUUGUAAUUCAUGUUCCAAGCAGAAGUUUGAUUGUCACAAAGAAAUCCUUUGUUUUCCUGGUUUUCAUAAAUUUAUAGCUUUUUUUCAUAGAAAGUUUAUUCAAACUGUUUUGACAUUGGUUGUCGUUUAAUCAAUAAAGAUGCACAUAAGAUAUUAAA